AUGGCGUCGAAUCGGCCAGCCGCUUUUAACACCUUGCGGAUGGGUGAAGUUAUUCGCGAAAAAGUACAAGAUGGCAUCACUGGCGAGACCAGGGAUUUGCAGUACACCCAGUGCAAGAUCGUAGGCAACGGGUCUUUCGGUGUCGUCUUUCAAACGAAGUUGUCGCCCUCCAACGAGGAUGCAGCUAUCAAACGCGUUCUUCAGGAUAAAAGAUUCAAGAACCGCGAGCUGCAGAUCAUGAGGAUUGUGCGCCACCCCAACAUUGUGCAGCUGAAAGCCUUCUACUACUCAAACGGCGAGCGCAAGGACGAGGUGUACCUGAACCUGGUGCAGGAAUUCGUCCCCGAGACUGUGUAUAGGGCCUCGCGGUUUUUUAAUAAGAUGAAGACGACCAUGCCCAUUCUAGAGGUUAAGCUCUACAUUUACCAGCUCUUCCGGGCCCUGGCAUACAUCCACUCACAAGGCAUCUGCCACCGCGACAUCAAGCCACAGAACCUCCUCCUGGAUCCCACGUCGGGAAUCCUGAAGCUCUGUGAUUUUGGUAGCGCUAAAAUCCUAGUCGAGAACGAGCCAAAUGUCUCGUACAUUUGCUCCCGGUACUAUCGGGCUCCGGAGUUGAUCUUUGGUGCGACCAACUACACCACCAAGAUCGACGUAUGGUCCACCGGUUGCGUUAUGGCAGAACUCAUGCUGGGUCAACCCCUUUUCCCUGGCGAAUCUGGGAUCGACCAGCUCGUUGAGAUUAUUAAGGUCUUGGGCACGCCGACCCGCGAGCAGAUCCGCACCAUGAACCCGAACUACAUGGAACACAAAUUUCCCCAGAUCAAGCCUCACCCGUUCAGUAAGGUGUUCCGGAAGGCCGAUAACAAUGCUUUGGACCUGAUUGCCCGACUACUCGAGUACACCCCUACCGAGCGCCUAGCCGCCGUCCAAGCGAUGGUGCAUCCUUUCUUUGACGAGCUCCGGACACCCGACGUCAAGCUUCCUGAUUCGAGGCACGGGACGGGCCAAGUCCGGGACCUCCCGCCGUUGUUCAACUUCUCGCGUCAUGAAUUGUCGAUCGCUCCUCAGCUCAACCACCAGCUUGUACCACCUCAUAUGGUCCAGGAGCUCGCCCAGCAGGGCUUAGAUAUCGACAACUUCACGCCGUUGACAAAGCAGGAAAUGAUGGCCAAGUUAGAUUGA